AUGUGAUAUGAUGUGAUUGCCAUGUAUGCCAUGCUAAUGAUGCCAUAAAUUAGUGUCAAACUACGAGUACUGUAAAGGUUGUGUAUUCCGGAAACUUAAAUCCCUGCUUAAAAAGAUUAUCGAUAAAUAUCCCCCGCACAUCCCACCAAAACCUCAAUUCACUUGCCUAGACACAGCUCUUUGGAUACAACACCUUCUCAAGCUACCAACACUCAAGAUGCAUAUUCUCGUAAGUUUAAAUUAAAAUUGUAUUCAUGAUCCUUAUUUGAAUUAACAACCCACAAAAGGUAGUAAAUGACGAUGGACCUCCCUCGAAUAAAUCCUCUCCCUAUGUCCAUUCCCUCGUUCAAACUCUCCAAGCUGCCGGUCACACUGUUUCUGUCGUUCUUCCCCAUACACAACGCUCAUGGAUUGGUAAAGCGCACAUGGUUGGUCAAACCGUCAAGCCCACCUAUUUCCGUCCAGGAACCCUUCAUGAAGAUAACGGUACAACACAUGCUCGCCCCUCCAGCGACAAUACAGAAGAAUGGGUAUUAGUAGAUGGCACACCAGCAUCGUGUGUACAAAUUGGUCUAUAUCAUUAUUUCCAAGAUAGGGGACCAGUGGAUUUAGUGGUUAGUGGACCGAACUAUGGGAGAAAUAGCACGGCUGUUUUUAGUCUGAGUAGUGGAACGAUUGGCGGCGCGAUGGAGGCGGCGAUUUGUAAGAGGAAGGCUAUCGCGUUGAGUUAUGCUUUUUUUACGAGGAAUCAUGAUCCAGAAAUUAUUGGGGGUGCGAGUAGGAUUGGUGCGAAGAUUAUUGAGUAUUUGUAUAAUAAUUGGGGUGAGGGAGUGGAUUUAUAUACGGUUAAUGUUCCGUUGGUGGAAGGAGUAGAAGAGAGGAAAGUUUUGUGGACCAAUAUGUUGCAGAAUUAUUGGGGUCAAGGAAGUUGUUUUGAGGAAGUCGAUGGGAAAGAUGAGGAUGCUGAUGAAGAGGAAGAGAAGAUUAGAGAAAAGGAGGGCCAGCAAGGUGAGGGAGAGGAGAAAAAGGUUGCUGGGCACACACAUAAACAUUUCAAGUGGGCGCCAAGGUUUACAGACGUCUACAAGAGUGUGGAGGAAGCUGGACCUGGUAAUGAUGGUUGGGCUGUUAAGGAGGGUUAUACAAGGUAUGUUCUACUCCAGAUGAAUCACACCCUUGGGACUAACAUCAAUAUAGCGUCACACCAUUAAAAGCAAAUUUCAUGCAUGCGAGUGCGCCGACACAGGGAGAGUUGAAGUUGUGAGUUAUUAAAUAGAGCAUUAGAUAUUGUUAGACCAAUACAAGUUCCUUCCCACCCUUUUAACCACAUUUACCUCGUAGAGCACCUCUGACCACUCCUUUCGCCAGACCAUUUUCAGAUCCAAUACCAUCAAUAUCAAAUCUUUCCCUUAAAGAACAAACCAAGCCAACCCAGCCCCAUUUCUACGCCUACAUCGACUACGAGGAUUCUUACGUCCAACCACUAAUUCUUUCGGCUCUGAAACAGUUCCCUCAAUCUUCAUGUACACUUAUCUCCUCUCCAUCCGAUCUGCCAACACCGGAAUCACCAUAUCUUCAUAUCUCAUCUUAUGAAACGAUCCCCUUUGAUGAAAUCACAUCAAAACCUACAACCUCCUUGACAAACGCCUAUGUCAUCCGGAAAGCCCUCAUCCGUAAGCACUACUUGAGUGAAACAUCUCAUAUAUGGUGUGUUAAGAACCCAGAAUCUAUUCUCAAAACAAACAUUAAACGUGCAGAACAUUUUGAGGUUGAUUAUGCCGAGUUUUUGGAUGAUGCUAUUGUAGAGUGUUGGGAUUUAAAGGAGAGCUUUGCAAGAAAUGAAAAGGUUGAUGAGGAUGGUGGUAAAGCCGAAAACAGAGAAUGGUGGAUUUUGAAACCGGGGAUGAGUGAUAGAGGACAGGGUAUUAGGUUAUUUUCAUCUUAUGAAGAGCUUGUUGCUAUUUUCGAAGGUUGGGAAGAAGAUGCACCAGAUUCGGAUGAUGAAGAUGAAGAAACCCAGAAAGAAGAAGAUGAAGAAGAGAAAGACUACAUUCAAACAUCUCAUCUCCGCCAUUUCCUCGCACAACCAUAUAUCCAUCCACCACUUCUCCUCCCCCCGCAAUCCGAUACUAUUGCACCUACAAACACGAAAUUUCACAUCAGAACCUACGUUCUAGCUUCCGGCGCCUUAGAUAUCUACGUCUACAAACCCAUGCUCGCACUCUUCGCUAGCUCCUCUUACAUUCCUCCUUGGGAUUCCCCAACCUCCUCAUCCGGAGCCAUAGACCUCAACCCCCAUCUAACAAAUACCUGCAUCCAAACGUCAGAAUCGAAGAAAAACGCUGUUCAUCUACUCUCAUCUCUCCCAUUCCCCGCUUCUCUCCACCAGAAAAUCCAAGAUCAAAUUUUCAAAUUAACGAGCGAGAUUUUUGUGGCGGCGGCCAAGGAAAUGAGUAUUCAUUUUCAACCAUUACCAAAUGCGUUUGAGACGUUUGGAUUGGAUUUUUUGGUUGAUGAGCAGGGGGAUACUUGGUUGUUGGAGGUUAAUGCGUUUCCGGAUUUUGCGCAGAGUGGGGUUGAGUGUAAGG